AUGUUGAGACAACUUGUUAUUUUUGGUGUAUUGUUUGGUGGUGGUUGGAUGAUAUGUUAUCCGAAAAUUCCGGAGAUUGAUUUGACACCAGCGCAGGUAAGAUGUAUACUUUAACUUCUAGAUUUUUCAGAAAGAAAUUGAGAAACAAUGAAAUAUAUUGAUUAUAUUUUCAGGUUUUUUUUAGUUCAUCUCAGACUUAAAAUAGUUAUAUUUUUAUUGUCCUUAUUUUAAAACCCUCCUCCGUUCAAAUCUUCCAUUGUUUCAGUAUAAUGGAUCUUGGUUUGUCAUCGCGCGAAAACCAUCAAAAGUUCGAUAUUUUCUACCAAAAAACUUGACAUCAAGCACAAUUUCACUGAUUCUCCAGCCAGAUAAUACAACUCUAAGCUUUACCGAAUAUCAUAUGGUGUAAGCCGAAAAUCCGAAACCCAUUCAAUAAAUUAUUCGAAUUUCAGAGAUGAUAAAUGUGAAACUUUGACAGGAGAAAUGAAGGAAAAUGAGAAAGGAUAUAUUUUGAAUGUCAAUAGAACAUCUGGAGAUUUCGUGGAAAAAUGUAGGGAAAAAUAUAUUUUUUUCAUACUCUAAUGUUUUUGCAGUAUACCUUCGGCCAAUGUAUCAUGGUUAUUCUGGAGAGCAAAAUGAAGAAAUGAAUAUGGUUUUGUAUGGAUGUUUGGAUGGAAUUAAAAAUGGAGGAUGUAAAGUUGGUGAUGAAGUGGUAUUGAUUAUGAGUAAUUCGAGACAUCCGCAAACUCUGCAACUUUUCAAAUCUGCAAAAAUUAUUGAGGAUGAGGCUUGUAUUGAUAUUUUACAAUUUAAUGCGCUGGAUACAUACAGUAAUAUUUUUUCUGAAUUGUGACUGAAUAGGAAAGGGUUCAAAAACAUAUAUCUUUUGAUUCUAGAUAACUUUUCUGAUUUUCAAAUAUAAUUUUUUGAUUCUAGCAAACUGUGGUGAUAUAGCUGUAGAUGAAGAUCAGAAGUUGCGCCACGCCAAAAUUGAUGAAGACAAAACUUUUGUUGAUGUGGAAUGUCGUUACGAAAACCUUAAUCCAAAACCGAACAAUAUUACUGGAUUUUUUGUAAGCUCUUUCUCUGUUUUUCCUCCUUGAAAAAAUUCCUAAUUUCAGAAAGAGCCCAGAAUUCUAACAGUUGUUGCAUAUAUUGAUCCAAUAAUGUCAGGUGAACAAAUUGCUCAUAUUAGUUGUCGAUAUGAUACAGAAUAUACUGCUGAAUGUGAAUGGAUUCGACAAGAUCAAUGUUUUAAAACAAGUUUGGAACAAAAAGUUAAAAAUGGAAAAGAAGUUGAGAUCAAAUCGACAAUGUUAAAGAAAAAUGGAACAAGUGUUGAUAUAAAUUGGAGUGGAAAAGUUUUAUGGGAAAACGGAGAUGAAUAUAUUUCGGUAGAAUGUUUAGCUAUUGCUGAUGAUGGAGCUUGUGAUUCUUAUCGGGUUUAUGUUUGGUCGGAUGAAGAUCAUAUGGAUCAACCAACUAUUGCACAGAUUUAUCAGGAAUUGCAAAGCGUUUGUAUCGAUCCGACAGAUUUGAUUUUUUUGAACACUUUUCGUGAGUUAAAAAAUGAUCGUUUUUUUUGAAAAUUCAACUUCUACAUAUAAUUCUCAAAUUAAUGUUCUAGAUGAAUGUAUGGAACCAUCAACACAUACUUCAAAAAAUCAAUGCUCUGUGCAGAAUGGUUGGAGCCCAAUAACAGUCGGAAUGCUCCAAGGAGUAUGGUAUAUCGCGGCUGAAAAUGUUGGAAAUCAUAAGCUCAUUUUGAAAUCAAGUGUAAUUGAAUUGAAAAUUAAUGAACAUCUAAAUAAUACACUUGAUUUGAUAUAUUAUGCUGGAACUGAACCUCGUGAGAAUCGGCCAUCAGUUUGUGUAGGACCAGGAAUCGGAAAAGUCACACUUUUGACAAAUGGAUCUAUAGGUGUAACUUAUGAUAUUGUUUAUUCGAAUGGUUUCAAGUAUACUGUAAAUAGUGAGUGAAAAACACUUCUAAUUUUUUUUUUAAAUUUCAUCAUUUCAGCAACUCACGAUAUUUUAUACCUUGACAAUCAAAGAGCAGUUUUAAAUUGGUGUUAUCAUCAAAAUGAAACAACUGGUGAAUGUUCCCAAAGAGAUGUAACAUUUAUGAUCCGAACAAGACAUUUUUCACACAAUGAUUUGUCAAUGGUUGAACCAUAUUUGGAGAAUGUUUGCACUGACAAGAAAAGCCUUCGAUGGCUAGAUCUUCAUUCACAAUGCGGUAUGGAAAUCUCGAAAUCAACUUUACUUCGACGCGAACUCAUUACCCUUACACAUUUUCAUGUUCUUGAUAUUUUGACAAACGUUCAAGAGCCAAACUGCACCUAUAGGGAGAUAAGAGGAGUAAAAGCUGAUUUGUUGUCUUUGGAAAGAGCUGGAACGUGGUAUUUGAUGUCUUUGAUGGAUGAAAUGUCAAUGGAUACUUAUGCAAUGGUUGGUAGAUUAUAUACUGUGACAAAUACAACAGCAGUGUUGAGAUUAUUCCAAUCAGCGUAAGUUGGAAUAUUUUUGAAUUGUUUGCAUACUUAUAUUUGAAUUUAGAGCUUAUCCUGGAAAACCUCGGAAUUGUUUUACACGAGCUUUUACUAUUCAAGAAAAACAAAAUGCGACUGAUUUUUGGUAUGAACUUCACUUUGAAUCGACUACAAAAAUCUCAACACUUAGUAAGCCUUCCAAAAUCUAGAAAAAAAAAUAUUAAAAAGGGAUUUUCAGUGAUUUUCCGAUUUUUAUUCUUCAACAAACAAGUUGGUGUAAUAUAUUCGUGUCUUGAAAACUAUGCAGAUGGAAAGUAUGUCCCUUUUUCUCUAAAAAAUAAUAAAGACAAAAACUAAUAAGCUUGCUCAGUUGCUCAUCUCAUUUACUAAAAAAAAACUAACCUUAUUAGACUAAUUAAAAUAAUUAGUCUAACAAAAAGAGUAUUGCAGAUGUAAAGAGAAAGCAAUUUAUGUGAUCUCACGUCAUGAGACAAUUGAUAAUGCAGAAUUGACUGUUUUGGAGAAAGUUGCAAAAUCAGUUUGUAUUGACCCGGAAAACUUGUAUCAUACUGGAGCACAGGGUGAGUUUCGAAAAGAAUAUUGAAGUUUAAAAUUCUGAAUAGAUAUAGAAAUGAAUCAUUUCAUAAAAUAUAUGCGUGACAUGUGACGUGGCAAUUUGGAAAUGAAAUUUCAAAUUAUUUGAAUUUCUUAUUUCGAAAAUGAAUUUACUGUGUCAGUUUUGAAAGUACUUGUAAAAUCUUCAAUUUCUCCCUGCAAAUUUUUAACCAUGUAAAUAAAAUAUUUUAUUAUAAAAUUUCAGAAAGUUAUUACAAAUAUCACAUGUUUGAAAGGCACGUCGUAAUAUGAGAUUCUAUAAAUCAUGGGAACCACGUAUCACAAAAAAAAAUAUGAAAAAAUCUAAUAAGGUUUAUUUUCCAGAUGAGUGUAUCGUUGAUCUGAGUCGACUCAAACCUCCAGCAUGUAGUUCAAUCGAUUUAGCAAACAGCAAUGCCGAAUGGUUUGAAAUGAAUCUGCAACAAAUUGAGGUUAGUCAUUCAUGGUUUAAAAAUAACAAUUUUAAAAUAUCACGUCGUGAACAUUACACAAGUGUCAAAAGCAGUUUUAUUGCACUUUUGGUUUUCUUUUUUCAGACCACCUAUUCAAAAUUCAAUUAUCAUGUAGUGGCAAGUUCUAAUCCAAAUCAAACUACAUUUUCAAUCAAAUUUGACGGACAAAAUUUUCAAAGAAUCACUGAGCAGUAAGUCGCCUUUUUCCUAUUGUUGCCAAAAAAUGUUUCCUUAAAUGGAGCAGAGCGAAGAUCAACUUUUUUCUAUGUGUAUGGCUUUGGAGAAUAUUUUAUAUUUUUGUGGGAAAAAGUUUGGUGCACUUUCAUUUUUUGGAACAUUUUUUAAAGUAUGCGAGAGUGAGAAUGCACUUUGCAGAAGGGUUUCAAUGUAAUUGAAAACUUUUGUGAAACAAACAAAAAACAACAAACCUAUAAAAUGUUUGCAGAGAUGGUGGAUGUUUGUCGUCGCCAGUGAAAUCGAUCAAAUUCUCAUCGCGUAAUAGAAAUUUGAUAAUGUUGAGUGAUCAAAUAAUCCUAAUCCAUAUUGCUGGAGUUCGAUCGGAUUUGUUAUUACGAGAAGCUCAAAUGUCUGGAGUUCUUCCAUGUUUACAUACACUUCCACAGUCGAAUAAUUCGAAUGUUAUUUGUACACUUCAUAAAAUGCCCGAUUGUCACAAAAAUUCUGGAAGUGUCAUUGAUACCAGCUUAAUCGAUACAUCUGUUGAAUAUAAUUUAUAUGCAUCAGAUCCAUAUUUUGUUCGACAAUAUCGAUGUAAAUUUGAGAAGAACUAUGAUGAUGAAUUCUUGUACACUUGCAACAGCCAAGAUUGGAAUUUCGGAUGCGAAGAUCCAUCAAAAGGUGUUCUAAACAUCUUCAAAAAUGGCUCGUUCGUAACAAUUCCAAACAAAGAGGUAGCACCAAUUCGAGUUCCAGAAUCGGAAAUUUUUGAAAGAGGCAACAUCACAAUUACAAAUGAUAUGAUAUUAAUGGUGAAUAAUGAGCACUUGGUUGGCACUGCAUAUUCGAUUUGGUUGAAAAAAGAUUUGAUAUGGAAUGAGAAAAUGGCAGAAGUUGUUGAAAAAAGUUGUGUUUGGGUAUUGGAUGCGCAAAAACGAGAAGAGAAGAAGAAUGAUGAUUCACAAUCGACUUCGUGUUUUUAG